GGCAAGGACAAUGACGAUAGAUUGAUGGGAAGCAUUCACGGAAACAUGCGACUUUAAUCACUUUUCCGUUAGCGAUUGGAGAUGCAACGUAGUGGUAGGGAGACAACAGAAAAAGUAUAAACGGAAAAAUUUCUGGCUAUAAGCUAAGUAUUUAAGUAUUAUGCCAGCCAGCAAGGAAGAACGAUAGUUUUUGUGCACUUAGCCGUGAUGCAGCGGUUUAUCGAUACAAGUAUGUAAUCGUAAAAUAUCAAAUUCUUAAUUAAACAAAGAAAAUAAAACAUUAUUAAUCCAAGUAGAUUAAAUACUUGACGAUGUCUAAUCAUAAACAACAAUGCUGAUUACUUGCGGUUAAUGAAUAAUUUACUUCUACUGCACACAAUGAUGUAAAAUUUCACGCAAAAAUCGAACCGAACGUUUCGCCUGAUCUAAUCUAUAUAUAAAUGUCGAUUAAAGAGAUAAAAUAAUUUUUCAGCACAAUUAAUUUAAAGAGCUUACCUAUUAAAACAAUAUGAUUAAAUCGAAAAAAAAAUCAGCAAUACGGAUAAGACGAACAUCUCUUGCUAUUCAAAACGCACUUUUGGUAAAUGAAGCAGCCGUUUACGAGAAAAAUGGAAAUUAUAAUAAAGCGAUAUUUCUGUACAAUCAAGUAUUGGAGAUGAAUGCCAAUGAUAAAAAAGCUUUAAUAGCGCGAAGCAAAUGUCACCUUUUAUUGGGUAACGCACGAAAGGCGCUAGACGAUGCCGAGGCAGCCUUACGACUGAAUCUGAAAAAAUCUAGCAACACUAAAGCGAUAUAUUGCAAGGCGGAAGCUCUCUAUCAUCUUGGCGAUUUCGAGAUGAGUCUGGUGUAUUAUUAUCGUGGAAUGAAGAUUCGUCCGGAAUUUGAUCAAUUUCGACUUGGUGUACAAAAAGCAAGGGAUGCGAUACAAAACGUGCUGCUACAUAAGACGACUUAACGUACAUAAUUCAUGUAUAAAACAAUGAUAUAAAUAUUCAAUAUGUUUUUUUUUCCUACUUGCUUUCAAAAUUGAACAACUCCAAAAAAUCGAAAGUUCGAAUUUCAAGCUAGUGAGAUUGCUAAUCGAGACUGGUGCCAUCUAAUGAAAUCAUUUUAUAUCUAUCGAUAUAAUUUUAAAACUGUCAUAUCAUAUGAUGCGCGUAUGACAUUUUAUCGUUGCCAACAUAUGAUACGCAUGACGCUGAAUGCGUGUGAUGUACUUUGCACCCAUUGGAUAAGAACCGCGUAUAAAGUACUAAACUAAAUAGCUGGAAGGUAGAGCCGUGUCCGUACGUGUCCGAGGCUUCUCGCUUGUCGGAUUUUGUCUUCCGAGCGACUGACAACGAAAAA